AUGUCGCUAUCAGAUCAAGAUCCUAAUGUGUUUCGGGCGGGCAAUGACGAUAUGAAGCAGAAGACUAUGGCAUACGCAGAGAGGGCGAGGCGUAUUGCAGAAAAUGAGAUGCUGAAAGAAGAGACAAGUCAUCCGUGGAAAGAGGUGCCGCACAGCGUAUCCUGCACUUAUCAGAUAUAUGAGUUCGAAGGGGAUCAUGUUGAUUUAGAGAACGGCCCGCCUACGUUUUCUAACCCGCGAGAUGAAUUCAUGUAUUGGGAGAGCACAGCAAAAGACGGCUUAGCCGAGAAGAGAAACCGGCGCAUCAUCAUUCUGGAAGACGUCUCCGCGCGGCUAGCAGAGAUGUUGGGAAUCUUGCUAGAUAUCCCUCCAGAGUUUUUCCUGGCGCACUGCGACGAAAGCGUGGACCUCAAUAUCAUGGAUGAGCACUUGAUAUCUUAUUGGGGCAAGUCAUAUGGGAACGGUUCAUGGACAGCAGUUUUUCUACUGGAUCCUCAGCUUUCUCAUUUGCAUCUAAAUGGACUUGAAUCGGUUGUUCUAGAGAACUGGGACGCUGGGCGCGAUGUUCUACGCGAAGUGAUAGUAAAUUCUUCGCGAAACAACCACACACAAAUGCAUAAGCGCUCAAUGUUCAACACUCUUGUCAAGGCCUACGAGAACGUGCCUAUGGUUUUCAACGAUGACGUGUUUUCAGCCACUUAUUUUGCUCGCAAUUGCAUUCGCGCAGUGUGGGAAGAACAUGUCUGGCGACGCAAGCGCCAUUUUCAUAAUGUUCUAGUGGAAGAUGAACGAUUGUACCGAGUCAGGCAAAAAUGGGCCUACGAGAGUGACGAGGCCAUCAAGGCGUAUGACGGUCUGAUGCAGGAGCGGCAGAGCAUCAAUUUUGAUAGGAUGGAGAUACAAGCCAUCACCUGGAAAUUCCAACUCCGAGACACUGGCUAUUUACCACUGGAAGAUGAGAGGACUCGGCGUAUCGCAACAAGGGAGGACAUCGCAUGGAGGCUUCUCGAGGAAAAGCUUCAAGCAAUGGAUGGAAUCAUCAGCAGCCACAUGGAGAUGUACACCGUUCGUGCUAAUAUGGAAGAGGCCCACGAAGCCAAGAUUCAGUCCCGUGAAUCUUACUUACAAACAGAAGCUACCAACAAAAUGGCACGAAGUUCAGGCCAGCUCGCCAAGAUAGCCACCGUUGUUGUGCCGUGCACUUUUGUGGCAUCAGUUUUGUCUAUGAAUGGAGACUUUGCAGCCGGUGAAAGGCUCUUCUACGUCUACUGGACCAUCUCUGUGCCGGUUACACUUAUAUUGCUGUUCUGGGUUAUUGAUAACGAAAUGUCCAGGGGGGUGAGUGAUUGCAAAGAAUGGGUAAAGUCUAUCUGGAGCUGGUCACAAGGAUGGAGGAGGCCCAGCCAAACAAUAGACGUGACAGCGGAGAAGCCAGAGGUUUGA